UUAAAGAAGAAGUAAACAACAUUUGUUUCUUGAACUAAACAUGAUUUACAAUUGCAUAUUAAUUGUAUUAACUUUAAUACCUCAAUUUCAUGCUUCUCUUGAAGGUGUUUGUGAUAAAGAUGUGAAAGGCUGUGAACUUAAAACAAGAUAUAUAUUAUAUGACGUUAAUCCUCCUGAAGGAUUCAAUUUACGUCGUGAUGUUUACCUUAGGUAUGGAAUAUUCGUUCAUAAACUUGUACAAAACAAUGACAUCAAUGUAAAACUUGUACUCCCACCAUGGUCGAGGAUGUUUCAUUGGAAGAGAUCAGAAGAGCCAGAGCAUUUACCUUGGGGCUUGUUCUUUGAUAUUGACAGCAUGCAGAAGUUUGCCCCAGUCAUUGAAUUGUACACAUUCUUCAAUGAAUUAAAACCCACUUAUGGAGAUGUUAUUAUUGAUGAGGUUUACAUCUUGCAGCAUUAUCAAGAUAUGUUCACAAGUGGGAAUUUUGAAGAUAAAAUGUCCAUUGAAGAUUGCAAUGAGCAAAUUAGCACCAACUUCUUCCAUUAUGACAAUAUUACUUCACACAAUAUCAAGUGUUUAUCAUUCCAUGGAUUUACAUCACAAUUGAGUUCUCUUGUUCACAAAUCUGAAGCUCAGACCAUUCUCUUCGAUCACGCUGAAGUACCUUUACAUGAUAGAUUCGGUGAUAGAACUUAUUGGGAAUGCAGACGAAGCAUGCGAUUCAAUAAAGAACUGAUCUUCAUAGCUAACGAAUUUAGGAGACAAUUCCUUAACUCGAUGGAUGAAAAAGACGGAACUAUAUUACCUGAUGAUUGGCGGAAUGAAAAAUUGAGGAGAAAUGCAUUGGGAGGUCCUUAUUUGAGUGUGCAUUUGAGAAGACGUGAUUUUGUUUGGGGAAGACCGAAGCAUGUUCCAAAUAUAAAAAAUGCGGCGAAUCAAAUUCAAGAGAAAUUACAUCAUUUACAAUUGGAUAAUGUUUUCAUAGCCACUGACGCUUCAAAUAAAGAAUAUGAAGAAUUGAAAGAACAUCUUUCUAACUUCAACGUCUUCAAAUAUAAUCCAAACAAAGAAGUUAAAAAGAAAUAUAAGGAUGGAGGUGUUGCUAUAAUUGAGCAAAUAAUUUGUUCAUAUGCAAGAUACUUUAUGGGAACGUACGAAAGCACGUUUUCCUUUAGAAUCCAGGAGGAACGUGAAAUUUUGGGUUUUCCCGAAUCGACAACGUUCAAUCGGCUUUGCGGAAAUGAAGAGCCCAAUUGCGAGAAGACCUCGAUGUGGAGAAUCGAGUAUUAACUCAAAAUAACUGAACACGUAUUAACAGUACCAUAAAAUUCUUAUUUAUUAAAUAUAUCAUGUAAUAAAAUAUAU